AUGGUCUCACUCUUCAAUUUACCUUCAAGCACUCAGCGCGUCUCCUACCAGUCUAUUGGUUUACGCUUCGACACUGCCACGAUGGUCGACAGCACAGUUCUUCUCGUCGUCCGGAUCUUCGCCGCCGUCGGUGCCUUGGCCUUAAUCUGCAGUCCUUCCAUCCUGAUGCGCCAGAUUCACAAGCAGAAGCACGUGGGCGUCGCCUCUGUUCUUCCUCUCGUCAUGCUCGCUAUCAACUCCCACGUCUGGAUGACGUACGGUUAUCUGGACGAAAACGUCUUCCCCGUCUUCAGUUGUUUCGCCGUCGGCGACCUUGCUUCAGUUGUCUACAUCGCAGUCUACUGGCGAUACACGACCGAGCGUAGAUACGUCGCUCGAGUUGUUAUAGCAGCGGUAUCAGUGAUCGUCAUCCUAUCGAUCUACGCUGUCCUCGGCGGCAUUGGCUACACUGGUCAAACGCGAGCUCAAGUGGCUAAAACUAUGGGAUAUAUCGGCGAUGCGACGGCCAUCUGUCUGUACGCAGCACCGAUGGAGAAGCUGCUCCAAGUGCUCAAGCACAAGUCGGCUGUCUUCAUCAAUGCGCACAUGGUGAUGGCCAGUCUGACCAGCAACGUCAUGUGGCUCACGUACGGCUCUCUGACGGCCAAUUGGAUCAUUAUCGCUCCCAACAUCCUCUUCAUCACACUCAACUCGUCCACGCUGGCGUUGUGUUUUGUGUAUAACCCCAAAACUUACCCACUGCACGAAAGCUUCCUAGCUGACAAUGAGGCUCCGAUUGAAGUAUCCGUGGAGCUAUCACCGAAAGGAAAUAAGGUACCAAACAUUCCGAGUCCGCAGUACCAGGCGAUACAGUCGCCAUUAGAACCACUGCGCCUUCAACUACGAAGCUAGCACUAAGCUUUCAAACGCUACUUAUUAUAUCCAUACGUAGUACUACUGUAAUACCUCGAAGUAUAAGUUAUACUACUAGUUAA